GGAGCGCGGCCGCCGUCGGGGUGUGAGCGGGGCCCGGCGCCGUGCCGGGCCGUCCCCUCGCCGGCGGGGCCAUGGCCGCGAGCGCCAAGCGGAAGCAGGAGGAGAAGCACCUGAAGCUGCUGAGGGAGAUGAGCAGCCUCCCGCCCAACCGCAAGUGCUUCGACUGCGACCAGCGCGGCCCCACCUACACCGACAUGACGGUGGGCAGCUUCGUCUGCACCUCCUGCUCCGGCAUCCUACGGGGCUUGAAUCCACCCCACAGGGUGAAGUCAAUUUCAAUGACUACUUUCACACAACAGGAAAUAGAAUUUCUGCAAAAACAUGGAAAUGAAGUGUGCAAACAGAUUUGGCUAGGCCUAUUUGAUGAUAGAUCAUCAGCAAUUCCAGACUUCAGGGAUCCACAGAAAGUAAAGGAAUUUCUACAGGAAAAAUAUGAAAAGAAGAGAUGGUAUGUUCCUCCAGAGCAAGCAAAGGUGGUGGCAUCAGUCCAUGCAUCCAUAUCUGGGUCUUCUGCCAGUAGUACAAGCAGCACACCUGAGGUGAAGCCACUCAAAUCUCUCUUGGGAGAAGCUGCACCUUCACUGCACUUAAACAAGGGCACACCUAGCCAAUCUCCUGUUGUAGUUCGAUCUCAAGGACAGCAACAGCAGGAAAAGAAACAAUUUGACCUCCUCAGUGACCUUGGCUCAGAUAUCUUUGCUUCUGCUCCUCCUCAGUCAACUGCUACAGCAAACUUUGCUAAUUUUGCACACUUCAACAGUCAUACAGCGCAGAACUCUGCAAAUGAGGGUUUUGCAAACUUUGAUGCAUUUGGACAGUCUAGUGGCUCGAGUAAUUUUGGAGGUUUCCCCACAGCAAGACAGUCAUUUCAACCCCAAAAUACAGCGUUCAGAACGCUUUCAUCUAGCUGCAGUUUUGGUGAAUUUACUUCAGCUUUUCCUCUCCAGGCUGUACACAGUGGAAGUGCUGGAUCAGUGAAUGCUAACUUUGCUCACUUUGAUAACUUCCCUAAAUCCUCCAGUGCUGAUUUUGGAGCCUUCAAUGCUUCUCAGAGCAACCCAACAGCAGCUGCAGCCAGUAAAGCUGCAGUGAAUAAACCGAAUCUCCAGUCCGCUGACAAAUACGCAGCUCUUGCUAAUUUAGACAACAUCUUCAGUGCAGGGCAAGGUGGUAGUGAGCAAGGAAGUGGCUUCAGUACAGUAGUGUCAGCAUCAGGAGGUCCUGUGUUGUCAGCCCCAAAUCCAUCAAGUGCAUCUUCAGACAAGUAUGCUGCUCUAGCAGAAUUAGACAGUGUAUUCAGCUCCACAGCAACCUCCAGCAAUGCAUAUACUUCCACCAGUAAUGUUAGCAGCAAUGCUUUUGGAACAGUACCUGUGGCUGCUACUGCACAGACACAGUCUGCAUCUUCGAGUGUGCCUGCUCCAUUUGGAGCAACACCUUCCACAAAUCCAUUUGUAGCUGCCCCUGUUGCCCCAGUGGCACCUUCAACGAAUCCAUUCCAGACCAAUAGCCGAGGAGCAACAGCAGCAACAUUUGGUACUGCAUCCAUGAGCAUGCCUGCGGGAUUUGGAACUCCUGCCUCCUACAGUCUUCCUACUAGUUACAGUGGCAACUUCCAGCAGCCAACGUUCCCAACCCAGGCAGCUUUUCCUCAACAGACUGCUUUUCCUCAGCAGCCAAAUGGAGCAGGUUUUGCUGCAUUUGGACAGGCAAAGCCUGUAGUAACUCCUUUUGGACAAGUUGCAGCUGUUGGAGUAUCUAGUAACCCUUUUAUGGCUGGUGCACCAACAGGACAAUUUCCAACAGGAAGCUCAUCAACCAAUCCUUUCUUAUAGCCUUAUAGACACUUUACCCAAAAGAACUCUUAUGUGGUCACAUAACAUCUCUGCGCCUCUUGCACUGUUGUCUUGUUUCACUGAUAUUAGCUUUAAACACAGAAGAAGUCUUUAAGAAGUAAAAAUAAAAGCCUGCAUUGUGUACCUUUAAAAAAUAAAUAAAAAAAACCAAACCACACGAAACCCAAGAAAAUCAACCCCCCACCAGGUUAUAACGUGCAAAACAGAGGGCUGUGGUAACAUCCUUGAACCUGUGAACUGGCAGGUAAAACAUAGAGGUAUCAUGUAUAUUAAAAUUGGCUAAUAAGUUAUUGCAGAUACCACAUUCAUUAUGCUGCAGUACUGUACAUAUUUUUCUUAGAAAAUAGCUAUUUGUGCAUAUCAGUAUUUGUAACUUUAACACAUUGUUAUGUGAAAAAUGUUACUGGGAAAUAGAUCAGCCACUUUAAGGUGCUGUUGUAUCUCUUGGAAUGAAUGAGCUACAUCAUUUUAACCAUUGGUAUUGGAAGUCAUGAAGUUAAAUUGAAGGUUUGUUCAUUUCUCAAAAUGUUUUCCUUUCCUAAGAGCUCUUCUAUUUAUACAUGCCUAAAUCUCUAAUGUUAGAGGGAUACCUGUCUGCAUAAUAAAGCUGAUCAUGUUUUGCUACAGUUUGCAGGUGAAAAAAAUAAAUAUUAGAAAAAAUA